AUGAAUUUCGUAACAUUCAACCAGGAUCACAGCCAUUUGGGCGUCGGUACAACAAAUGGCUAUCGCAUAUAUACCACCGACCCGUUCAACAAGCAGUCCGAGUCGCGUGAGGGAGAUGUUUCCAGCCUCGAGAUGCUCUUUUCCACAUCGCUCGUUGCCCUAACACUGUCGCCUCGCGUGCUGCGAAUACAAAACACCAAGAGGCAUUCGACUAUAUGCGAGAUGACGUUCCGCACAGCCAUUCUAGCAAUGCGGAUGAACAGAAAGCGCCUCGUAGUUGUGCUUGAAUCAGAACUCUACAUUUACGAUAUAAGCAACAUGCAGAUGCUGAAGACUGAGAAGACAUCCCCGAACCCCAACGCCAUAUGCGCCCUGUCAGCAUCAUCGGACAACAACUACCUCGUAUACCCGCUCCCCACCAAAGCCGCGCCUGCUACCUUCCAGCCGCCUUCACAUGCUCCGCCCAAGGCCGAUCAUAUUGCUCCAACCAGCGGAGAGGUUCUUAUAUAUGAUGCAACCAAGAUGGAGGCAGUCAAUGUCAUCGAGGCGCACAACUCGCCGCUUUCGUGCAUUGCACUAAACAAUGACGGUACUUUGCUUGCUACGGCAUCUGAGAAGGGCACCAUAAUCCGAGUCUUUUCGAUACCGGAUGCGCAGAAGCUGUACCAGUUCAGACGGGGUUCAAUACCAGCUAGGAUUUACAGCAUGUCGUUUAAUUCGACGUCCACCCUGCUCAGCGUAUCCUCGGCAACCGAGACUGUUCACAUCUUCCGCCUGGGUGCGCCCAACAGUAGAAGUAACAGCGUAUCCUCUGGGCCUACGAAACCGACGGCCGCUUCUCAUCAGCGCACCAGUAGCCGGGCAAGCGAGGAGACUGCCGACGAGUUUGAUGCGAGCAUAGCAGAUGUAUCGUUUCCAGAGCGCAAAGCGAUAAACCCCACGUUUGGAAGCUUGAUCCGACGCACAUCACAAACGGUUGGAAAGUCGUUUGCCGCGACUGUCGGCGGAUACCUACCCAGCGCAGUAGCGGAGAUCUGGGAGCCCUCGCGCGAUUUUGCUUGGGUCAAAAUACCACGUUCGCCAACGACGUCCUCAUCGGGUCCCCCAAGGAACGUGGUUGCACUGAAUAACAAUGGCCCCCAAAUCAUGGUAGUCACAAGCGAAGGCAACUACUACGUUUUCAACGUCGAUCUCGAGAAAGGAGGUGAGGGUACUCUAUACAAGCAGUAUUCACUCCUUGAACCAAACGAGCUUGCCGCAAGCACGUCACAAGAUGUCCCAGAGUAGAUUUCUCGAAUUCCCUAUCCAUUUGAUUUUCUUUGAAUACGUUCAUGACUUAUUGUUGCAUUGCACUUGGCGUUAUUUCAUCCCACAUUAUUCCCCAUGGGUUGGCGCAUCUCCCCUUUGUAGUAUCGUUGUUCACAAAUACGUGUUGGCGCACAUUGAGCAACCUCGUCGCUCAGUAAUAUAACCUGAUUCUGAAC